AUGAGUCCUUCCGAUUCGAUUGAAAAUCUCCCGGUCGCGGAGCUUGCCGAUCUGAAAAUAGACGAUCCGAGCACUCGAAAAUGCACGGAAUAUCAUAAAACAUUGGGGAAAGAUGCUCUUUUGCGGCUGGACGAAGAGCAUUUCAGCAAACUUUUCGUUGUUGUGAGUACUUUUUCUCGAUUACCACCUAUCUUUUCCUUUUCUCUUUUUUUCAGGGCGGUCCGGGAACUGGAAAAACACGUCUUCUCACCCAGUCGGCCGUCAAAUUUGCAAAGAGCAUGGAGAAGAACGUGCUGUGCGUGAUGCCCAACGAGAAGAUCUACAAGGCACUCCUUCGAGAGUUCGGGAAAAGAAGGAUGGAUUCGGAGUGGCCGCAGUGUUUGAAUGAGCCGGGAAUCAUCGUCACGCUGGAAGAUCUGGAUGCCAAGUUGGCGGAAGAGCCGGUGAGAUGACACGAGAAACACUUGUCAAGUACAAAAUCAUGUUUGCAGGCAAAUGUUCUCGAAGGAUGUCGUCUUCUGAUCGGACACCUGGGUCAUCAGUUUUUCGCGAACAUCCUCGAACUCAAGAACUGGCAAUACGAUGCCGUGGUCAUCGGUAAACACUUUUUCUCCCUCUCUCUUGACAAUUUCUCUUCCAGACGACAUUCUGUUCCUGAGCCACAAUCGCUAUUACUCGACGGUAUGCGCCAGAAGAAAGCGAGACUUUGUCCUUGUCGCCGCCUACGAUUGGCUGCAAGACAGGCAUUUCAAAGUGCACAAGAGUCUGGGAGAGGCGGUCCACGAAAAGACUCCGAAUCGGAAGAGUAAGUUCUGCUGGUGCCGGGGCGUUCCGACCGUUUGGAUGGUCCACAUGAUCCACUCGAAUCGUCCGGACUCUCUUCUCAAGUGGACCAGAGAGUUCGUCUAUUCUGGCGGUCUGAUCGGAAGAACGGAUCGUGCGCAAGGGACCAUCGAGCUAAUCGACAAUCGAUCGCUCUCGAAACCAAAUAAACCAAUUGAAAAACUCACCGCGAUCAACGAAGGAGAAGCGAGGAUUGCUGUCGAGAAGGCCGAGGAGCUGAUGAAAGAGGGGACAUCUGCUCACAACAUCAUCAUGAUCGCCGACUUCGAACAUCAGGUAUCGACAACGUUCCCGAUCAAUACUAGACCGUCGUAUUGCAGAUCGAGCUGAUCCGUCGUCUCGUCGACGAAUCCAAGAUCUGUAAGGAGGUGCGAGUCGGAAGUCCGUUCGAUUUCCGGUGGACUCCGAUGGUACGAAACGUGAUAUACACGAUGACAGUGUCGCGAGAAGGAGGUAAUAGCCAAUCUUCAUCGUUUUAAUCUCCUACAAUAUCAUUGCUGUUGAGGAAAAUGGAACCACUACCUGCCGAAUUUGGUGUCGUGGACGAGCGUGUUCACACGCGCGCACGCAAAACUGAUUUGGAUCGGCAAUAGCGAAAUGCUCGCGGAGCACAAGUGGCUCAGUGUUAGAAACGUUCUCAAGUAACUUUUCCUUUAUACACCCAGUUUCACUUUGUUCGUUUUCAGGUUUGUGAAGGGAGAGGAGAUGAAGGAACGUGUGACGGAUUGA